GCCCUGUAGCUCUUCCCCUCUAGUCUCUAUGGUUGCGCCGGCGUUGGUAGUAUCGGCGCCUCACUAGUACUGAGGCUUCCAACUUUGUGGUCGAUCUCUGAGCGUUGUUGGGGCUUGGCGCUGCGCUAUGUCCGAGAAGAAGCAGCCUGUCGACUUGGGUCUCCUGGAAGAGGACGACGAGUUCGAGGAGUUUCCCGCGGAAGACUGGGCCGGCUUAGAUGAAGAUGAAGAUGCACAUGUCUGGGAGGAUAAUUGGGAUGAUGACAAUGUAGAAGACGACUUCUCCAAUCAGUUACGCGCUGAGCUGGAGAAGCAUGGUUACAAGAUGGAGACUUCAUAGCAUCCAGGAAUGUUCCAGGAACUUAAACAUGGACUCUACCACAUUCUCGGACAGAGAAACCAGCAUGGGAUACUUUAGAGAAUAUGUUUAUUUCAUUAUCUCUGGGAUUUAUUUUUGUUUGUAUAAGAAAAACAUAAGUAAAUAAAUGUUUUGAUCUAAUCUUUUUGGUUCAGAUGUCUUGAUCUUUUGCCUCUAUCCCUAAAUUUUAUACUCAUGAGUUUUAAGAAACUUAUUAAUAUUAUCCCAGUAAAGUUCACAUUAUAAAAUUUUUUAAUACUAAUCAAACAGUCAGAUGUUGGGCUUUAUCAGAUUAUCCAAUUUUACAAGAUGUUUCUAUUGUAUGACAUUAAAUUUUAAUACCUUCUGUCUUUUACUAUAAGCAACAUUUUCUGAAGUUUGAAGGAGACCCUUUA